CCUUUUCAGUGAAGUAGCGGGGUUUCCACUAGAUAACAUUGCUACAAACUCAAAACUGUUGUUAAUUUAAGGUUAGGCGUAAGGUUAGCAAUGUGGUGAAGGUUAGGUUUUAAAAUCAGGUCUUAAGAAGAUAAAUUGUAGAAAUGGGCGGGAUUUAGCCAUAAUUAUGACUGAUAAUUUAACUGGUGACGACCCAGGAGCAGCGUUAGGUCACUGUACCAAAUAGGCAAAGUUGGUCAAAAGGGUACACGACGUUUCUCAAAGGAAUACUAGUAAUAAUAACGCCGGAAAUGGGUUUAUUAUCUCAUCAGCCUUGAUUUUCGUCGCACAUCUUCAAUCAGCACACAACUGUGAAUGGAUUGUAACGUUACUAUUUUGCUCUUUUAGACAAGCUUUACGACGCCCUGUCGGCAGCCAUAACAUAGCUCUCUCGAGAACAAUUUGACGUUCGAGGAGACCUCGAUCUGCCGGUAUAACAACAAUGGCAGUGUUCAGUGCACAGGUGCUUCUGGCAGUAACAAGAUCAAGGGGAUCUUACCUGCUGUCUAAGAGGCACAGCUGCUGCCCUCUCACCUCCACCGCCUAUGUCCAUCACAACCUGGAUCCCCCCAGCUCCCUGUCGUCCUUACCCUCCCUCAGGCAUUCCAGGUCUGGCUACCCUCACUGUGUUCGGCUCCACGGUUUCAAGAACCACAAUACCACUCUGCUGGCCAGAUCUCUGCACAGCUCCUGUGUCUGGCUGCAGGACACCAAGGCCCCUGCCACCCCAGCCCAGGAUGACCACCUAGGGACCCCUAAGAAUGGCCCCCCUGCACCCCAACCUCCAGCCCCUGCUCCCCCUGCUGCUACCACUGUUGCGGCUGCAGCUGCCCCUACGGUCCAGGUAGUAAGGAAAUCUAUUGGCCAGAGGAUAGUGGAUGAGCUGAAACACUACUACAACGGCUUCAGGCUGCUGGGGAUCGAUACCAAGAUCGCAGGGAGGAUGGUGUGGAGACUGCUGCACGGACAACUGCUCUCACGCAGGGAGAGGAGACGGCUGAUGAGGACAUGUGCUGACCUGUUCCGCCUGCUGCCCUUCAUGGUCUUCAUCAUCGUUCCCUUCAUGGAGUUCCUGCUUCCUGUCUUCCUCAAGCUCUUCCCUGAGAUGCUGCCCUCCACUUUUGAGACCGAGACCAAGAAGGAAGAGAAGCAGAAGAAGGGUCUGGCUGCUAAGCUGGAGCUGGCUAAAUUCCUCCAGGAGACCAUAGCAGAAAUGGCCAAGAGGAACAAGACCAAGGCUCUGACAGAGGACGAGACGCAGCGCUUCUCCACCUACGUACAGAAGGUGCGUCACACAGGGGAGCAGCCCACCACUAAGGACAUCGUUAAGUUCUCCAAGCUGUUUGAAGACGAAUUGACGCUGGAGCAUCUAGAGCGCCCCCAGCUGGUGGCCCUGUGUAAGCUGCUGGAGCUCCAGCCCAUAGGAACCAAUAACCUGCUCCGCUUCCAGCUGAUGAUGCAGCUGAGAACCAUCAAAGCAGACGAUGAGGUGAUCGCCACUGAGGGUGUGCCUGCUUUGAGUGUGUCAGAGCUACAGGCAGCGUGUCGUAGCAGAGGGAUGAGGUCACUGGGUCUGACCACUGACCAGCUACGCCAGCAGAUGCAACAGUGGUUGGACCUGCACUUGAAGGAGAACGUCCCUCCCUCUCUGCUGCUGCUCUCCAGAGCUAUGUACUUGACUGACGUCAAACCCAUUAUACCCGUCAUACCCCCUGUACCCAAACUAGAGAAGGCCACUCUAGCUGAGACCCCACAGGGAACAACAGCCUCCUCCUCAGACUUACUAGUGGACGCAGCUCUGGUCAUCAAAGACAUGCUGGUGGAAGAGGUUAGAGACCCGGCUGCCAUCGUCUCAGACAAACCUCCCACCCCUGCCCAGAUUGUUCAGGCUGAAGAAGCAAAGGCGUCCCAGAAGAGCAAGAUAAGUGUCAACGGAGUGUGAGGAGGACUGAAAGGGCUUGACCGGAAAGGGCUAUCAAUCAAGCUAAUCUACAUCAAGAGGGAUCAGUCAACCCAAUCACCCCUCUGCCCCCCUUAACACCUUCUCCUUAUCCCAAAGACCAGGGGGCGUGAGUCUGUAUCCAAGUCCCCCGUCCUCACUGUCUAGCCAAUGGGGGCUCGCUGUGUGAUGAAAAGGUCAUAAGAUCAUCACAUGAGAUGAUGUCAUUAGAGCAGACAACGCUUGCCUAAAAUGCCACUUUGCUCAGGAUCAGACCACUCUGGCUACACCUGGAGUGAGACCGCUGGCAGGUGUUUAAAACGGGACACCCACCUCUGCUUUGUCUGAUUAGUCUCUGGUUCUUCUUGCCUGCAUCUAUUUGGUUUACAUGUUAUGUACUCCAUCCAUUUGGGUUUCACACUCCAUCUCAGCAGGACACUGUUACGUCAACUCAGAAAAGUCCCUCAACUGGGAUUACCUUUUCGUUUUGUUUUAAGGAUCACAGUUACCCAGUGAUGUAACAAAUAUUAUGUCCUUGAAGAGUAGAUGCAUCCUCUCAAGAUGUACCGUUUGGCCCAGUGUUCUGGUUGGUUGGUUUUGGUGUAACUUCAGUCUGUUUCACUUCCGGUUGCAUGCAGCCUGGUCUCAGAUUUCGGUUAUAUUUUGACCUAGCCUGGUCUCAGAUUCAUUAGGUGCUGAAACGAAAUCCUCUUGACUAGAAACACCACAAAGGCGAAAGCAGCGUGUGGCUGUGGUGUGUUAGGGGUCACCUGCUGGCUUUCAACCAUUCGUCAAGGUGUGUUUUCUUUUAGUUGGCCCGCUCAUCUCCAGAUCUGGAUCAGACUAACGUAGACCACCACCACCAACCCCCCCCCUCCCGUGUAUAUUUGUAAAUACCCUGUAAAUUGUUCUCCGUGUCUGGCAGAAAAGGUACACCUGCUCUGUACGUUGGUAAUGCCACGCCCUCAAGCUCUCCCAACUAAAGAGUUCUAUGAACUUUUACCCUCUUAUUUUGUCUUGUUUGUUGAAUAUUGAAUCGAAGACUGGGCAACUCUUUACAUUAACUUGCCUUCAUACCAUGAAGUUUCUCUCUAACUACUCUGGUAACGAGAAUGUAAUUGUUUAGCUCAAAAUGGUCUUUGCAAAUAAGGAAUAUAAGCAAUGAUUGAUGUGUAAAGGAAAUUGGGCAAAUUGUCUAGGUAGUUACAAUGGUAGUUGCAUUUGAAUUACAACAGAAAAUGUAACACGUGGUAUCUGCAAUUUAUUGUGAAGCGUGACACUAUGACUGAGUGGUCCAAUGUCAUUUAGCAGACGCUCUUAUCCAGAGCGACUUACAGGAGAAAUUAGCGUAAAGUGCCUCUGUCGAUGUGCCCUAGUAAGCUCGGGGAAUCAAACUAGCGCCCUUUCGGUUUCUGGCCCGACACUCUUAAAACCACUUGAUUACCUGCUGCUGUAAUUGUAAGCUAGCGAGAGAGUUCACUCCUGAUAUACAGGAGAGGUUGUAGGAGCACCUACAUCCUGAUAGUCAACACAACUGCCAGUCUGGGGACAAAUGGACUAUACAGUGUAUAUGUUGUGUUAAUGCUCUUCUACCCUUGAUUUACACAUUUAAAAGCAAAUACUUGACUUUGACAGCUAUUGGAAAUGAUCCAUACCCACUGUUAAAACUAAACUAGAGAAGUGUCUGAAGAGUUUAUUUGAGCGAAACCGCAUGAAAAUGCAGGAUUUGUGAACUCUUAAAGAAUUGCACAAGAAAGUGUUACAUUUUAUUUUGAGAUGUGGUUCUCGAAGAACUUGAAAGAUGGCCGAUAUUUGACGGUGAAACUCCUAGUACCUAUCCUGCUUACGUAUGUAAACACAAUUAUCUGAUCGAGAAGGUUCUUGGAAGGUUUACCACAUAAACAUGUAGUAUGUGUACUGUGUAUGUUUCAUAUUUCAGUGUGUGUGUAUGAGAGUGUGUGCGUUUGGUGUUGCCUUAGCCUUGAGGAAAACCUCUUUCAGCAUCAAGUUAGGGCAGGGUUUCCAAAACUUGGUCCUUGGGCUACAGCUGGGUGCAUGUUUUGGGUUUUUGCCCUAGCGUUACACAGCUGAUUCAAAUAACCAACUCAUCAAGCUUUGAUUAUUUGGACCGAGUUUGGGGAAACCCUGAGUUAGGGGAUUCACUUUAUGAACCCCUCCAAGCAAAUUGCAUUACUUCACUGAUUAGUCAGUGGCUGACCGUUCACCCUUUCUGAAUGGAAUAGAAUGGGCUUCAUAGUGCAUCUUCCUCUCCCAAUCACUGAUCUGUAGGUGAGUGUAUAAGCGUAACCAAGAUGUCCACCCUUCUGCUUUGACCAAUCCUCUCAGAUCUGUGAUUAAUUCAAUGGCGGGUAGAGAGGACUAUGAGACCAGGAAUUCUCCUUUCCAUCCUUUAUUUUUCUACUUGGUUUAAGGAUUGUUAUGCAAAUUAAUGUACAGCCAGAUCUGUAAAAAGGUGCUUUGUUACCUCUACUCUCUGUGGGAUGUCUCCUCUGCCUGUUCCCCACUGACUACUGGAAGCAAUCCCAAUUCCCCUGCCUUGUUCCUUCUUUUGGCUCCCUUCAUGUCGAUAAAUGGGUGAAAGGAAUUCACCAUAUUAUUGCUUA